CUUAGAGUAGUGAUGAUGUCUGGUGAAAUCGUCUACUCCGAUGUUACAUUCACUCGGCAUCAGAACCAAGAUGCUGGAGCAGAAAGUGAAGUUUCUAAAGGUGAGUCUCUCCUCCUCUUUAUUCUCUCUCAUUUAUAUCGUUUUAUUAGUUUUCAAACAUAAGUUUACAAUACAACAUUUCAUCACCUUGGGGGGCGAGGGUUGAAAUGUCAUAAUUCAACAAGGAGUUAGUAACAGAAGAAGGCUGUAUAUACUGAGUGUGUAAAACAUGAAGAACACCUGCUCUUUCCAUUACAUACACUGACCAAGUGAAACCAGGUGAACGCUGUGAUGAAUUAUUGAUAUCAAAUGUUAAAUCACUGUAAGAGACGGGUUAAAGAAGGAUUUUUACCCCUUGAGACAAUCGAGACAUGGAUUGUGUACGUGUGCCAUUCAGAGGGUGAAUGGGCAAGACAAAAGAUUUGAACGGAUUAUGGUAGUAGUUGCCAGGCGCACCGGUUUGUGUCAAGAAAUGCAACACUGCUGGGGUUUUUACACUCAACAGUUCCUCGUGUGCAUCAACAAUAAUGAUCCACCACCAAAAGGACAUCCAGCCAACUUGACACAACUGUGGGAAGCAUUGGAGUCAACAUCGGCCAGCAUCCCUGUGCAACGCUUUCGACACCUUGAAAGGCCUCUGUAUGUAUAAAAAUUAUUAUAUUAUAAUAAUUUGAUAAAAUAUUGAAUUUGGCCUUUACUACUAUAGCCCAUGGAAACACAUUGAAAAACACAUUCAAAAUGGCAAAAAAAAGACAGUCAAAGAACAAAUCAUAAGGAAUAUCAUAAGGAAUAUUUUUAUUUAAUUGUCACGUUCGUUUAAGGACGGGUCAGACCAAGGCGCAGCGUGAAAUGCAUACAUGUUUAUUUUAAAGAUAAACACACGAACAAAACAACAAAACAACGUAACGUGAAGUCCACAGGCUAAACACAACACAAGCCUCUACACGGAACAAGAUCCCACAACAACUGAAUGCAAACAGGCUGCCUAAGUAUGAUCCCCAAUCAGAGACAACGAGCGACAGCUGUCUCUGAUUGGGAAUCACACCCGACCAAACAUAGAAAUACAACACCUAGACUGAGAACAUAGAAAAUACAACAUAGAACUCCACACCCUGACUCAACAUCCUAGAGUCCCAUACGUCAGGGUGUGACAGUACCCCCCCCCCCCCCCCCCCCCCCCCCCCCCCCCCCCAAAGGUGCAGACUCCGACCGCACAAACCUUACAUAACAGGGCAGGGUAGGAUCCGGGUGGGCAUUCCACCUCGGAGGCGGAUCCGGCUCCGGGCGUGACGACCACAUUCUCUCAGCCUCCCCGUUACGCCCCUGGUCUGGUCUGGACCUCGGCACGCUGCUUCCCCUCUCCUUUCUCCCACGAUGCACCAAGCCCUGUCUGGACCCUGGUGUGGGAGACCCCGAACCUGGAGAGGGACUGACGUCUGGGUCUGGACUGGAGCCGCUGACUGGAGUUGGACUGGGCACCGGUGGAGCGAACUGCUCUGGCUCCGGACUGGAGCCGCUGACCGGAGCUGGACUGGGCACCGGUGGAGCGGACUGCUCUGGCUCCGGAGUGGAGCUGCUGACCGGAGCCGGCACCGGUGGAGCGGGCACGGGCCAUGCCGGACUGGACACACGCACCACUGGCUUGGUGCGAGGAGCAGGCACGGGCCGGACCGGACUAGGAACACGCACCACUGGCUUGGUGCGAGGAGCAGGAACGGGCCGGGCCGGACUGGGAACACGCACCACUGGCUUGGUGCGAGGAACAGGAACGGGCCGGACUGGGAACACGCACCACUGGCUUGGUGCGGGUAGCAGGCACGGGUCGUACCGGACUGGGAACACGCACCACUGGCCUGGUGCGAGGAACAGGAACGGGCCAGGCCGGACUGGAGAGACACACCACAGGUCUGGUGCGAGAAGCAGGAAUGGGCCGGGCCGGACUGGAGACACGCACCACUGGUUUGGUGCGAGGAGCAGGAACGGGCCGGGCCAGACUGGGGACACACACCACUGGCUUGGUGCGAGGAGCAGAUACGGGCCGAACAGGACUGGUGAGGUGCACUGGAGACCAGGAACGUUGAGCCGGCACUACCCGUCCUGGCUGGCUGCCCACUUUCACACGAUACGUGCGGGGCGCUGGCACAGAACGCACUGGGCUGUGCAUGCGCACUGGCGAUACAGUGCGUAUCUCUGCAUACUUGGGUUCCUCUAUUAACCCACGCUCCUUAUGUUGCCUAACCAGCUCCUCUCUCCGUGAAUCUACUUCCUCCUUCUCCCUACGAGCCUCCUGCAGUGCCUCCUCUUGAAUGGAGCUCUCCCGCUCUAUUCUCGCUAUCAGCCCCCGUAAUGUGGUGGCCUCCUCUCUUACCCUGCAGAUCCGAUCUUUCUCUCUCUCUCGGCACUCCUCCUCCAGUGAGGACUCCUCCGGGAGCCCCCACGAGUUAGGGAACAGAAACUAAUCGUGGUCGUCGUCAUCCUCCGACUCCUCAGUAUAAAACUGUUCCCACUCUUCUUCCCCAUGGUCGUAGGGACUCAACCUGGAAACCCACUGGGUGCAGUGGUCGGGGCUCUUCUCUCUCGCUCCCCGACCACUCCUUUAGCCCCCCCAAAAAAAUGUAUUGGGGCUGCCUCUCGGGCUUCCUCCUCGGCCGGCGCCUUCUGUGUUGCCGUUGCUCCUCUCCUGCCUGGGCUUCCUUCUUCGCCCAGGGUCCUUUCCCCGCAAAUAUCUCCUCCCAAGACCAAAUCUUCCCCACCUGUGUCCAGGGUGUUUGCUCCUGGGCACGCUGCUUGGUCCGUGUUUGGUGGGAUCUUCUGUCACGUUCGUUUAAGGACGGGUCUGACCAAAACUGUGUAAACCCAGGGGCUAGAGGGAAAAUAAGACAUAUUUUGGUUGGGAUCAAUAUGAGCUUUUCUGAAGUGUGUUUGUAACUGUACUUGAGGAUAAAUAUGAAUUAGUACUAAAUGUUUAACAUGUGGUAUUGUAUGAGUCAGUGGGCAUCUCUUUUAGAAUGUACUAUAGCAUUAUUAUGUAAAGUGCAAAGUUUUUGGCCAUUUCCUUUUGAAUAUAUUCCAUAGGGCCUCAACAAUGGUUCUCCAUAUAUAAUCCUGUUUUGAAGGAUAUGUACAGUAUUAGUGCAAUGUAAAGGGCAUGAGAAGAUGACAGUUCCAUGUAAAGUAGAUGUUAUUCGUCACACUCUGGACAUGUCUGUUGGAUUUCACACUGUGAACCAACUUCCAGACAGACAUACAGACAGAAAGACAGACAGACAGCAUCAACCUGUAACAUUUGGUUCAUGGCCAAAAGUGUUUCCUCAUUUCUCUUGACAAUAAAGUUAGCUUUUCUUCAGAUGUGCUGUAUUAGAAUAUUAGAUUGGUUAGUUACCCUAACAGUUAAUAAAAUGGUUUGCAUGUUGGACCUUCCAGUCAGGGGACUCUAACCUAGUAGAGCUCAAAGGAAAGAAUAUUGAGAUAGUGGAUUGUAAGAGAGGAACUAGAAUGGGACAUUUCUUAUAGAAUGUUGAGAUAGUGGAUCGUGAGAGAGGAAAUAGAAUGGUACAUUUCUAAUAGAAUGUUGAGAUAGUGGAUUGUGAGAGAGAGGAACUAAAAUGGUACAUUUCUAAUAGAAUGUUGAUACAGUUGAUUGUGAGAGAGAAACUAUACUGAACAAAAAUAUGAAUGCCACAAGCAACAAUUUAAAAGAUUUUACUGAGUUACAGUUCAUAUAAGGAAAUCAGUCAAUUGAAAUUAAUUAAUUAGGCUCUAAUCUACGGAUGUCACAUGACUGGGAAUACAGAUAUGCAUCUGUUGGUCAUAGAUACCUACAAAAAAAUGGGCCUUACAAUGACCUCAAGAUCUCGUUACGGAAUUUUUGUGCAUUCAAAUUGCAAAUCGAUAAAAUACAAUCGUGUACGUUGUCCGUAGUUUAUGACUGCCCAUACCAUAACCCCACCACCACCAUGGGGCACUCUGUUCACAACGUUGACAUCAGCAAACUGCUCACCCACACGACACCAUACACAAGGUCUGCGGUUGUGAGGCCAGUUGAACGGACUGCCAAAUUCUCUAAAACAACGUUUGAGGUGGCUUAUGGUAGAGAAAUGUAUCUGUUGCAUUGUGUUGUGUGACAAAACUGCACAUUUUAGAGUGGCCUUUAUUGUCCCCAGCACAAGGUGCACCUGUGUAAUGAUCAUGCUGUUUAAUCAGCUUCUUGAUAUCCCACACCUGUCAGGUGGAUGGAUUAUCUUGGCAAAGGAGAAAUUCUCACUAACAGGGAAGUGAACAUAUUUGUCUACAUAAUUUGAGAGCAAUAAGCUUUUUGUGCAAAUGGAACAUUUCUGGGAUCUUUUAUUUCAGCUCAUGAAACAUGGGACCAACACCUUAGAUGUUGCGUUUAUAUAUAUUUUCAGUGUAGACCGAUACAUUGCUAAUAUAAUAUUGAUAUAGUGGAUUCUUAGAGAGGUACUAGAAUGGUACAUUUCUAAUAGAAUGUUGAGAUAGUGGAAUGUGUGAGAGAAACUAGAAUGGUACAAUACUAAUAGAAUGUUGAGAUAGUGGAAUGUGUGAGAGAAACUAGAAUGGUACAAUACUAAUAGAAUGUUGCGAUAGUGGAAUGUGAGAGAGAAACUAGAAUGGUACAAUUCUAAUAGGGGGUAAUCACCAUGAGGUUGGUUUUAGGGAAAUAAUAUAAUCACGCAUGGGGUGCAAUAUAUAUAAAAUAAAUGAAAAAAAAGAACAAUUUCUUUCUUCAUAUCUCUGUAACCAUAGGAGUAGCCGAACGUGAAGAGGAUGUCACAUACUCUGAGGUCAGAAAACCAGGAGGUAGAGCUAGAGAGCAGGAGGAUCCUGGGAAAGGUGAGGUGUGUGUGUGUUACAGUUAGCAAAGGGUUACAUUAAGUACCCCUUAUUUAACCUUAUGACCUUAUAACCUCUGACAUCCACUCCUUUUCCAGGAAGUGACCCUGACACUAGUGACCCCUCUCCCCCAGUGGGGUCAAAGGCUGCAAUCCCGGAGGGAGGGUCUGGGAGUGUUCCCGUGGUGACCCUGGCGUGUCUCUGUGUUCUACUGCUGGGUCUGGCUAUCACUCUGGGAGUCCUCUGUGAGUAUAGAACCAUUUUACUGAACCCUGACCCUUUUACACUACUGAACCGAACUGGUUAUGCAUCCACUGUAGUUGUUGGCCUGGAACUCUGCUGAAAAGGACAAUGUGCAGAGAAAAUAUCCAAGCCACCCCAGACCAGUACAUUUCAGGUUGGUACGAUAGUGUGAUACACAAGAGAAGAACAAUUACCCUCCAUCUUGUCUCCUUGUCUCUGUUCCAGAUUCUUCCAACAUGACUAGUCUUCAAGCUGAGGAGGCUCGCUUUGCCCAGAUGAAAGAGAAUCUAACAGGUGAGAAUAUCAAUGAUCCAGAGGUCUUUACCAUUAUCAACCCCUUCUAUAAAUGUUUGAGAAAAUCCAUAUAAAUCAUUAAGGUGCAGUUUGUCAAUGGGGGACUGGCUCAGAUUCAAAUACUGCCGUUUCACUGUAAUAUAUGAAUAACAUAUUGUUUCAUUUUAAUAGGACUAUGGUUAGAUAAUAGGUAAUUCUAGCUUGGACAAGGUUUACUUUCUUACUUUAUUGUUAGAUAUGUAAAUAAAUGAAUGUUAUUCAUCCAUAUUAUUUGCUCUUUCAUAACAGGGAAACUGCAUGAACUGCAAGACAACUAUAAGAGACUGCAGAAUGAGAGCCACAACAUAACAGGUAGGUAGUCUAGAGCAGGACUCUACUGACAUGGGACUGACUAGCUGCUGUUCUCCUAUUCAUAUCAGAAUAUUGUCAUUACAUAUCUGUAAUUAUUGAAGUGCUUUUAAAGGCUGGUCAUGACACACAUUAACACCAUCAUCCCAGACAGCCUAGACCCACACCAAUUCACAUGCACUACAGAUCCACAGAUGAAGCAAUCUCAAUUGCACUUCACACUGCCCUCUCCCACCUGGACAAGAGGUGAAAUAACUAUGUGAGAAUGCUGUACAUAGACUACAGCUCAGCGUUCAACACCAUAGUCCCCUCCAAUAUCAUUACCAAGCUAAGGACCCUGGGACUGAACACCUCCCUCUGCAACUGGAUCCUGGACUUCCUGACAGGCCGGCCCCAGGUGGUGAGGGUAGGCAACAACACCUCCACCACGCUGACCCUCAACACGGGGGCCCCUCAGGGGUGUGUGCUUAGUCCCCUCCUGUACUCCCUGUUCACCCACGACUGACCCACAUUCACAUACACUACAUACACACACACACACAAACAUAACACACACACGCAGACCGACACAACAAAAACACACAUACAUACACAUUACACACACACACUUUUAUACUCAUAAUUUGCUGCUGCUGCUACUCUGUUCUUUAUUUUACUCUUAUUAUGAUCCAUCCUGAUGCCUAGUCACUUUACCCUGCCUUCAUGUACAUAUCUACCUCAAAUACCUCAGCAUAUUAAUCUGAUACUCGUACUCCCUGUAUAUAGCUCCAUUCUUUUGUAUUUUAUUUUAUUCCUCUUGUGUUAUUAUUUUGUUUUUAUUUUAAACUCUGCAUUUUAGGGAAGGGCUCAUAAGCAAGAAUUUCACGGUAAAGUCUACACCAGUUGUAUUCGGCGUGACAAAUAAUACUUGUUUGAUUUGACAUACUAAUGUAAAGGGGAAGUUGAACCCAAUUUAACUAAAACUUCUCAUUUCAAUACAAAGUUCCAUGUUAUCAAGAUUAGGAUUAAAUUUACACUGCAGUAGUAUUGCUUCCCCAAAACAUGUUUGAAUAUUGUAUAUGCUAUCAUUGCACUGUAUAUGAGGAAGGAGAGGGGUUUUUCUUGACCAGGGAAAAGUCCUGCCCUAAUGGAAACUUAGUCAUAUGAGUGUGGUGAAGUGCGUUGGAACGUCAUUUUGUACUUCAAAUGUUUUAUGCGCCAAAUGCAUACCUUUGUAUUAUGGCCUAAAUUCAACAGUUAUUUUAUAAUAAAGAAAAAUAUAUUUACAAAAUAAUAUAUAUAUAUUUACAAAAAAUAUGAGGGAUUGGAAAUGAUGCAGACAAUUACAUUGAUAGAAUCCACACUCUAUCUACAACAUUAAAGCUGAUUUGCCCCCUAAAACAAUUUAUACAAUAAAUAAACAGUUAUUUUGUAGGUCACUCUUUCAUUUGCCAAAUGCCCUACAUUAUGGCUCGAAUUCAAGAGAACUACACUGUCUUCUAAUAAGAUAUCAAUCUCUUCUGUUCUUAGUCCAGAGAGAGCUGUUAUUCUCAGAGCUUCAAGACUGUAAGGCCAACCUGACUAGGGUCAAAGAUCUCCUGGCAACCAUCCAA